UGACAUUAUUGAAGAGUCAUCGUUAUUCGUUCCGUUCAUUUUGCAUUUACGAUUUUUAUUACAUUGUGUUUGUUGCAAAUACAGGAUUAUCUUACAGAAAUCAGUAUUAAAAAAUCAAUUUAAGACAUGUUCCGUAACCAGUAUGACAGUGACGUCACAGUAUGGAGUCCUCAAGGCCGCCUCCACCAAGUGGAAUAUGCCAUGGAAGCUGUAAAGCUAGGCUCUGCUACUGUGGGUUUGAAAAGCAAGCAGUUUGCUGUGCUAAUAGCUUUGAAGAGAGCAGUAAGCGAAUUGUCAGCUUACCAGAAGAAAAUUAUACCAAUUGACGAACAUAUUAGCAUUUCUAUAUCUGGCUUAACAGCUGAUGCUCGCAUGUUGAGCCGUUUUAUGCGUACAGAAUGUCUGAACUAUCGGUAUGCUCACCAUGCGCCGAUGCCUGUGGGCAGACUGAUUGGACUGGUGGGCAACAAGAUGCAGAUAUGUACCCAGAGAUACGAUAAACGGCCAUUGGGUGUUGGGUUGUUGGUAUCUGGAUAUGAUGAUCAAGGACCACACAUCUACCACACGUGUCCGUCCGCCAAUUAUUUCGACUGCCGUGCGAUGGCCAUCGGCGCCCGUUCGCAGUCCGCUCGCACGUACCUAGAGAAGCACCUCAACACCUUUAUAGACUGUGACUUGAACGAGCUGGUCGCCCACGGUCUGAGGGCUCUGAGGGAUACGCUGCCUAAUGAAGUUGAUCUUAACACUAAGAAUGUCUCCAUCUCCAUUGUUGGCCCGACCACUCCGCUGCGUAUAUGCGACGAGGCAGAGUUGACCCGCUACCUGGGGCUGGUGGAAGGUGAGGAGAGGCGCGGCGGCGGCGCCAGCGCUACGGGAGACGCCGGCGGAGCGCCCGACGCGGGGGACGAGAGGGACCCACAGCCUCAGGUUGCGAUGGACACAGAGUAGAUACAGAACGCUUGCAAGAGAACGUACAGAAAACACGUAGAGACACAGAAAAUCAGCCAGAAACACAGACAACACAGAACGUAGUCUGUGUGGACAGUGCGUGUGUACGUUUCUCAUAUUUCUCUCUACCCUCCCUUUUGUGUGUUCUGAAAGGUUUGCCUUGGCCAGUGUUUAGGUUUAUCUGUGUUGCUACAUGAAUGUUUUUUAUUGCUUUAAGCGUUUCAUUCAAUUCAAUAUUUUUGUUUGUUUAGGUUUAUUUUAGUCAUUAAUUUAAAAUCAUUUUGCAUAUACAUUCUUCAAUAUGUAUAAAAUACGUAUAUAAUGUAUAUUCAAGUCAAGAGUGGAUAGAUUAGCGAUCUUUUAGAAUUGAACUAAAUGACAAUGCAAACAUUAUCCAAGUAACGUUACUCGAAACGCUGUUUUGCCUUGUAAGUUUUUGGGCCGGUCUACCCUUAUCAUUUAGGGGUAUGAAAAAUAGAUAUUGAUUGAUUCUCAGACUUACCCGAUAUGCACACAAAAUUUCAUAAAAAUCGGUCCAGCCGUUUCCGCGGAAUUUGGUGACAAACACUGCGGCACGAGAUACAUACAAUAGACUAGCAGACGCCCUUAGACUCUUUAAUCCGGCCCUAUCCCAAAAAUUCUUACCGGAUACCUACUAACUAUAGGCUACCUCCGUGCCAAAUUUCAUCUUUGUACGUCAAGGGGUUUUCAAGAUUUCGUGAUGAAAGACCUUUCGCAUUUAAAUAUUAAGAUAUUAUUACAUAUCGUUUUUAACACGUUCGCUGCGGUACGGGGUCAAUUGACCUCGUACUUCUAGCUGCUUCAAGAGUUACGGGGUCAAUUGACCUCGUACCGCUAUAAAAAAUUGUAUGAGGUCAAAAAACCUCGUGCCGCACCAGAGGAAAGUACAAAGUGUUGUUAAAAUGUGUUUUAAAGAAUGACUUUAAAGCAAUAAUUAGGUAUUUAUAGUAAUGUGAAAGUCUAAGCACUGGCCAAGGCAAAUGGUUCAUUAAAAGGAAGGUGUUAUUAACUCAUUUUUUGUUCUCGUAUUUUUUUUAUCAAAUAAAACAUACAUGUAUUUAAAAUCGUUGUAUAUUUAUUUCUCAUUUACAUCUAGUAGAAUAAUAAUAAUCAAAAAAAUAUUAUGAAUAACAAUUAUAUACAAUCUUUUUAAAUUUAAUACAUGAGUAAGCUCAUUCGGGAGAUUACUGCGGUGCUUUUUUCUGAAGCGUUAUUCUGUAAAUAUGUUUUUACAAUUAAACAUUCUGAGUAACGAAUUAGUCUCUACCUCUCUGUCUAACAUGAUACUAUAGAUAGAGAGUGAUAGAUACGAAUUCGAUUUACUGUAAAGUUAAAAAAGCAUUAUAGCUUGGCAAGAUCGUUGAUAACACUCCAUGGUAUGCGGGCGACGGGAGAUGAGGUGCAUCAGUCGUAUGCAGUCACUGUCGACGAUAACUCGUAUGUAAUGACCUGGGGCUGUCAGAACAAAACGCACACGAUACUCAGAUUAGAAAAUGAGUAAGAGUUUCUGCUAAGUUAUUGGUUGUCAUGGCAACCGAAUAGCUCAGCUAUAUGUGUUUGUUAUUGUCAGGAGAAGGUUCUUAUGUGACAAAAAAAAUUAAAAAAAGGUAGGGUAGUUGAAAGUUUACAUCGAAUUUCACGUGGACGAACAAGACGAAGAUAUUUAAUGGGUAAACUUUGUAAUUUUAACUCAUUUGUGUAUUUUUAGGGUUCCGUACGUACGUACGUAUGAAAAUGGAACCCAUAUUACAAUAUGUUUUACAACAAAUGAAACUUUAUUCCGCUAAUGAUUUUUAUAUUAUAAUAUUUAAUUAAAUAGUUAGUUAAUCUAUAAUACACAUACUUGUAUAUUAUAAUAUCAAGAUAAUAUGUAUAGAAUAUUGAAAGAUAUCUGAAGACUUAUUCGUAAUAAGCUAUUUGUGUAGUGGCCAACUUUUUUCUGUCAUCACUACCACCUCCCGACCUCCGCGGACCAUCAGGAGUGUUACGAAAUUGCUAAGCUAUAGAGAAAGUCGUUAAUGACCGCUAAAACAAUAUAAUAUUAUUGAGAAUGAUUUAAAUACAGUGAACUUUGAACAUGUGUUGAGCUUAAUUUUAUAUUAACAAUUAUAAUAAUUCAUUAUUGUCAUGAAAUAAAAUCUAGUUAAAGAUCA